AUGGGUUGGUUUGGAAGCCUGGGCUUGGCCUGGAAGUACUCUAUCGUUUUUGGCUGCCUAUUGGUCGUUACAAUUCUUGCCGGGCUCUGCAAGCUGCUAUACUCCAGGAAACAACUGAAGAAGCACCUUGCGCUCAAGGAAGAGCAGAAUGUAGCAGAAACGGACAAUCUAGCCUUGAAUGACAGAGCGAAGGAUGAAGGCGAUCUUUUUGGAGUCAGGGCAUUGGAGGCUGGAUACUAUGGCGGCGUCGCCCAAUCUCGCCCGUCCUCUCCCUCCCCAUCUUCCAUGGGCUCCUCUUCCAGGCAUCCUUCCAGCAGUACCAACACUUUGAUCGGCAGCGCCGCUUCUCAGACACCAAAACUUAUUUCCCCCUCCACCAGCGUCACGACUCUGCCCCACAGCAGGAACAUUUCCGAGGUCGCUACUCCGAGGACACCUUCAUCACCGCCGCGCAGGAACCCGCCCCCCACCUUGAGGCUGGAGCCCUCACAAGCAGAGCUUACCGGCAGGAAGAAUCACGGUGUUGUCGAAGUCUUCGUCCACAGGCCUACUUCUCCCGAGGAGCCCAUGUCGCCGGUGUCUCCCACGACGCCCACGUCGCCCCUCUCCCCCAAAUCAACAUCUCGCCACGAUGACGGCCUCAGGUCUCCUGCCAUCAGCGUAUCCGCUGUCUCUGAUGAUCACGAAGAGACGCCGAUGUCGCCGGAACUCCUUCGCCCUACCGUUUACAAUCCAGACGCACCACAGCUUCCCGUGGUCGAGGCUGUAUCACGCAUCUCUUGGAGGCCUUCGGGUGCAGACGAUGCGGCUGCAAAUGCGUACUCGAUGGCAGCCUCGUUGGAUUACACGAUGGGCGCCCCUUCGACAGCGAGCAACGCUUCGUCGCCGGCGCGCAACCAAUCUCCACUGCCAUCACCUGUCAGGGUGUACCCGCAGGCUUACAUUCCCCGUCGUUCAAGAGAUGAGUGCCGCUCGAUUUUCCCAGCUGAGCCUCGCGAGCCACGGUCCAGGAAGAGCUCCUUCUCGUCAGUCAGGAGCCGCCGCACCAAAGCUGAGGAUGAGGAGGAAGAAAUUCCCGCCGUUCCUUCUCUAUCAAUCGAGUCCGAGUUCUACAUCCUCCAACCCACCGUUUACACACCGCAACAUAAGCGUGACGUCAGUGCAUCGGAAAGUGCUUACAGCACGCACUCUCUGCAUCGUCGCUCGUCGGUGUCCAGCGUUGAGACGGUCACGGAAGAGACGUUGCCGGCCACCAAGAUCGACCUUGCGCGCACUGACAGCAUGGACAGCCGGAGAAAUAGCAUCGGCAACAACUCACUGAUGCCACCACCCUCGCCAAACCCGAGCAGUAAAGACCGGUUCAGCGAGUUUUUCGAUGCCUAUUACCGGAACUCUCAGUCGAUGGUCGAAUCGGAGCCGAGUUUCGAGAUGGCGCGAGUGGAAACACUGGCAGUCCCGAGGCACUCGACCAUCGUUGAGGUGCCGACGCCGCUGGCAUCACCGAUGCCUGACAGGAAGCAUCUGAACGUACAGACCACUGAGACCGGGGUGGCAUUUUAA